AUGACUCAUGGUAGUCGUGACAGCCGCCGACCUUCGCGAGGCUUUUCGAGCUCAGUUAGUCUUUGUUCGGCUCCUCUAUCAUCUACAAAAAUGUCGACCUCCGGUGUUAUGGUAAACCCUGAUGUGCAGACGACAUUCCAAAAACUGAGCGAAGGAAAGAAGGAGUUCCGAUAUAUCAUUUUCAAGAUCGAGGAACGUGAAGUUGUUGUUGAAGCUGCCGUUUCGCAAGAGGAACUAGGUCUCACGGGUGAUGACUACGAUGAUUCAUCGAAAGCGGCCUUCGAGAAAUUUGUAGCUGAUAUCAAGGCCCGUACUGAUGGCUUCACAGAUUGCCGUUAUGCCGUUUUUGACUUCAAAUUCACAUGCUCCCGUGUAGGCGCUGGUACCUCGAAAAUGGAUAAGAUUGUUUUCCUACAGCUAUGCCCAGAUGGCGCUUCGAUCAAAAAGAAGAUGGUGUACGCAUCUUCUGCAUCUGCUAUCAAAGCAUCACUCGGAACCGGAAAGAUCCUUCAGUUCCAGGCCUCUGGUGUAAAGAUUGAUCCAUCAUGCAAAAAUGCUUACGAUAUGCUGCAUAACAAACAUCAACACAGUUAUAUCAUCUUCAAGAUCGAUAAGAAUGACACAGCUAUCGUUGUGGAGAAAGUCGGUGAUAAAGGAGCACCAUAUUCAGAAUUUAUUGAAGAGAUGAAAAAAGCUGUUGACGGAGGCAAAGAAUGCAGAUACGCAGCUGUUGAUGUGGAAGUACAAGUUCAACGACAGGGUACAGAAGGAGGAAGCAAGUUGAACAAAGUUAUCUUCGUACAGUACUGCCCUGAUGAAGCACCAGUACGUCGUCGAAUGCUGUACGCAUCUUCUGUACGUGCACUGAAGUCUACGCUUGGAUUAGAAUCGCUUAUGCAGGUCCAAGCAUCGGAUUUAUCGGAUUUGGAUGAGAAAGCGAUCAAACACGAUUUGGUCAGCAGCCAGAGGACUUAAAGUCAUCAUAUUGUCAUCGCUCACAGCUCUUGUCUCUCCUCAACGCUCACAAUAUAAUUUUUGUCAAAAUUAUUUUUUUACUCUAUCUUUCAUUUUUCUCUACGUUCGUAACGUCGUAGUUUGCGGUUUUUCUCGUUUUGUCCAUGUCUCUCCUUUGUUUAAGAAGAUUUCGUUGUGUACUUGCAGACAUAAUGAGAAUUCAUUAUUUAUGUCGUAAUGAAGUGUUUUUUGCCAA